UUUGCACGCUUUUGAAGCGUGCAUUGCAGCGGCGAACUCUUGGCUUCUCGUGGAGGGGGAAAGGGUGGAUUGUAAUGGGACGCAAAGGAUCCCGGACGUGAUUUCCACUUUCUGGAGUGGGGAGAACGGAGCCCCCAGCCCAGAUUCCUGACUCGAUCCUCUUUCUCGCCGGUCACUCCCUCCAAUAGAUUUGGAAGUAAGUAAAAUGGAGGAAAAUCUGGAUAAACAAACAGUUUCCAGACCUUCCUUUCUUUCAGCAGUUGAGUUAACCCCAAGAACUGGACCUGUGGAUGCUACUGAUGUUAAAAAAAAUCUAUACAGUGAUUUUUCUUCAGCUUUCAAUAUAAGCCAGAGAGAGAGCCUGGAAUCCAAAGAACGAAUUCAUGUUUGCCUUCGGGUCAAACCAAUUUUAGAGUUGGAAAAAGAACAUGAUGAUCAGUUUUUCUUACAGGGUUGUGUUUCUGUGGUUGACUCAACAAGUAUUAUAUUAAAAGCUCCUAAAGGCUCCAAGACAUUUCGCCUUAGUGAAAAAAACCUGCGGCAAUUGGUGCAGAAAUUUACUUUUUCCCAGGUAUUUGGGCCCAAAACAACACAAGAAGAACUCUUCGAUGGUGCUGUGAAGCAGUCUACAUUAGAUUUCCUAAGGGGACACAGUCGGCUAAUAUUCACUUACGGAGUUACAAAUGCUGGGAAAACCCACACCUACCGAGGUACAGAUGAAGAUAGAGGCAUUCUCCCCAGGACCCUGGAUAUGGUAUUUCAAAGCAUUGGAAACAAAUUGUAUCCAGACAUGAAUCUCAAGCCCCAUCGAUGUAGAGACUAUAGAAAUCUGUCUAAAGAAGAAGUGCGAGAGGAAAUAUCUCUAAAAAAUACAUUGCUUCGCCUCCUGAAAGAGGUAGAUUGCCACAGCAACAGUAGUAGAACAACAACAGAUAAUUGUGAAGAUAAGAAAGAACCAGAAAAAGAAGCAGACCAGACUAACUUGGAAGAGCAGAGAGAUGUAAAAUAUUCCCUUUGGGUCUCUUUCUGUGAAAUUUACAAUGAGUGCAUUUAUGACUUAUUGCUUCCAAUAUCUAAUGAAAAGAGGAGAAAAAUGCUGCGCCUGGCCCAGGACGUAAAAGGCUACCCCUAUGUAAAAGAUCUACAAUGGGUUCACGUUUCAAACUCAAAAGAAGCUUAUAAACUUAUGAAAGUAGGCUUGAGACAUCAGAGCUAUGCUUCCACAAAACUGAAUGCCAACUCAAGUAGAAGCCAUAGCAUAUUUACCUUGAAAAUGCUAAAAAUUGAUUCGGAAACCACGCAUGUGAUGCAAGUCAAUGAGUUAUUUCUCUGUGAUCUUGCUGGCUCGGAGCGCUGCACGAGAACCUGCAACGAAGGGGAAAGAUUAAAAGAGAGCGGGAACAUUAACACUUCAUUGCUUAUUCUAGGCAAAUGCAUCGGUGCCUUGAAAUCCAAUCAACAAACGAAGCUGCAACAGCACAUUCCCUUUCGGGAAAGCAAGCUCACUCACUUCUUCCAAGGUUUCUUCAGUGGGAAAGGAAAAGUUUGCAUGAUAGUUAAUGUCAGCCAGAGUCCCUCUGCGUACGACGAAACUCUCAACGUGCUCAAGUUUUCUGCAAUUGCUCAAAAGGUCAUGGUACUGGAUCCUGAUUCUCCCCAAGUGGAGAGAGUUGAAGCAGAAUCUGAAAAUAUCUUUGAUGAUAGUGUCUGUUUACCCACGAAAAGAGCAACUAUAUUUUGGGAGGGGACCCUGGAAGAUGUGAUGGAAGAUGAAGAAGAGCUGGUGGAAGAGGGUACUGAAGAAGACCAGGGGAAUUAUUUGGUAGAAGACACAUAUGCAAAGGAAGAUGACCCAACUGAUGAGAUGGAAAGUCAACUCGAAGGCGAAGAUAGUGAUAUUGUUAUCAAAAAAGAAGAAUAUCAGAAGUUACUUGAUAUAAUAGAAGAAUUGAAGAAUAAGCUGAUAGAGGAAAAGACAGCUAAGCUGUACAUGGAGCUAGACAUUCGUAAAGAAGUUAUUCAAGAAUGUUCCAAUUAUUUCAGUGCAAAAGAGGGUGACCUCAAAAAGAUCUUUAGCGAUAAAGAAGAAAUAAUGGCGAACACGUGUGAAGAGCGGAUGAGCAUUUACAAGGAGCUGCUGAAGGACUGUAUCACACUCCCAGAUGUCAAAGGUGGAGCAGAAGAGACGCUAAAAGAAGGCAAAAAAGUGGGAAGUGAAGACGGAGAACCUGGAAGCGUGGCGGACCUUCCCAGUAUGGUGGGGUCACUGCAGCAGAACGUUGCUGAUAUUAAGCAACAGGCAGAAGCGGCGUUUGGCAUACUUGAUGCUUUAGAAGAACCUCAACUGACCAUCGAGCGACUUGAAAAGCAAUUGGCUGAUAUUACAGCGGAGCUCGCCCAUGCUCGAGAUGACCUUUUUAGCCGGAAAGAAGCCGCGGGAAUGCAAGAAGAUAAACUGAGUGAAUCUGCUAAAGUUCUUCAAGAUGCUACUGAGAAAAUGGCUCUACAGAACAAACACAUUCAGGAGCUGAGCCAAACUGUGCAACAAAAGGACAAAGAAAUAAGUCGGCUACAAACUCUGGUUGGUCACUUGGAAGCUACCAUAAAAGAUUCUGAGAUCACCAUUAAGACUAUAAAACAGCAAAUGGAGGAGGAAAACUGCAGUGAAUCCAAUGAGAAAAGCAUUGGCUCAAGAAGGAAACGACAUUUAGAAAGGGAUGAAGAAGGCCCCCCUUCAAAGCAAGGAUUCAUUCACCACAGUUCUAAAGAUGCCAUAGUCUCAGAGAAAGCUGAUGAAACACAACCCUACCCUUUGAAGGAAAAGGGAGACAUGGUGGCCUUGGAGGAAAAAAUUAAAAUGCUAGAAGUUCAGGGGGCCUCACUCAGAGAAAAGUUAGAAAAAGAGGAAAAUGAGAAGGAGGGAUUUUCCAGGGAAAUUGCUAGAUUGUCUCAAGCUCUUUCAUUAGAAAAGGAAAAGGUUUCUGGCUUGAAUAGGGAGCUUCAGCAACAGCAGACAAUUCAUGAGCAGGCAAUACUUGAAUUAGCUAGGCUGAAAGAGAGAAAUAAGAGUCAGGAGGAGAAAAUUCUGCUUCUGCUUCAAGAGAUAGGUGCUGCUAGCCAAAUCACCGUUGAAGAAAAAUCACAAGUAAAGACACCUGAAGCAGAACUGGGUUUAUUGAACAGGUUAGGGUCACAUUGCCCUGUGGUAGAUGUUGACUUGGCAAAUCAAGAAGCUAUGCCAAGAGAGGAGCCUUUGCCAACUCAUGUUAAUGCUGAACAAAAGAGCUCAUUCCAUUGUAGCAUUGAAGGCAUCUGGAAAAUAAGCCAGCAGAUCAUUAACGCCUCAUCUCAAAAAAGCAGUUGCAUUGCAGGCCUCAUGCAACAGGUUGAAUGUUUACAGAGGAAAACCUCCGAGGUCGAUGAGGAGAAUUCUCAGCUGAAGUUGAAACUGAGCGAAACUAUAAGUCAGAGAGAUGCGUUGGUGCAGGAGAAGACAUUCCUCCUUAAUCAGCUGAGGGACUUAGAGCAGAAAAAUGCUUUUUAUGCUGAAAAAUGUAAGGAAGAAGAAAAUAGAGCAGUUGAGAGAAUAAAAACAAACGAGGACUUCUUGGAAGAGUGUAGGGCAAAAGAUGUCAGAAUAGUUUCUUUAGAGCAAAUGGUGAAAGAUAAAGAUUCGGCCAUUUUAGCAAUGAAACAAUCCAUUCAAGACGUGGAGGAGAAGCUUGGCAUUUCAGAAGCUAAAAUAGGAAAAUUUAUGGAUCAGGAAUCACAACUGAAAGUGGAAAUUCUAGACCUGAAGAGAUUGAAUGAAGUUGGAAGAGAGAAGAGAGAAGAGUUAAAUCAAGUCACAAAAGAAUUGAAAGAAGAGCUGUCAAAAAGUACCGAUCUUUCUUCCCGUCUACAAGCAGAAAUCCAGCAGAAAGAUGAAGAAUAUGCAGAUUUGAAGGAGAAGUUGGCUGAUACCAAAAAGCAGAUUGAGCAGGUUCAAAGACAGGUGAGCAGCAUGCGUGCUGAAGAGAAAUUGCUGCGGAGUAAAGUUAAUGAACUUGAGAAGGCCAAAGGCCAGCUAACUGAAGAGCUGGAUCUCAAGCAGCGGACAAUCCAGCAAUUUAAGAAGGAUGAUCUGAGUAAGAAGUUGGAGGACCUUUUAGAGCAGUACCAGAAAUCAUGUGAAGAUCUACGUUGCAAAGAGAAGACCAUUGACGACAUGAGACUGACCUUAGAGGAACAAGAACAGACUCAGUCCGAACAAGAUCAAAUUCUUCAGGCCACGUUAGCAGAGAGUGAAAGGUGUAAAGCAGAAUUGAAAGAAUGGGAGAGAAGAUGCCAGGAGCUAAAGGAGCAGAAGAUUGAUCUCAGGCCACAAGACGUUAAUGAAGGCUGUGAAAAAGACACCAACGUGCUUCACGAACAAUUAAAACAAUUGCAAAAGAAAUUGGAGGAAUGCAAAGAACAGCAUGAAACAGAUCAUAGGAAGUGGCUGGCAGAAAAGACGCUCCUUAUAACUCAGGCGAAAGAAGCGGAAACUCUCCGUAACAAGGAGAUGAAAAAAUUUGCUGGAGAUAAAGAAUAUUAUGCCAAGCAACUCGCAGAAGCAGAAAACCGUGUGGCAGAAAAAGACCAUGACCUUCAAAGAUGGCGGGUAGAAAGAGACCAGUUGGUUGCAGCUCUGGAAGUUCAGCUGAGUUCUCUAAUCUCAAGUAACGUACAGAAAGAUAAAGAAAUGGAAGAAUUGAAAAAGAUGAUACCGCAAUCUUCUGGGAAGGAGCACAAAAUUAUCGCUGAAGGAUUGCAAGGUGAUGAUUCCAAGGAACUAACUGAAAUUGGAUGUGGGAAUAUUGCCUCUGCAGUGUUGGCUGUUUCAAAUGGAGCAGAAAAAACUCAGGCGGAAGAGUCCAGCGACUCUAAGCAGGUGCAGCUUAAAGAAAAACAAACUAACUUGUCAAAUUGCAACUUGUCAAAUGGCUCCUUACUGCAAAAGUCUAGCAAGGCAUCUUCAGAAGAUAAUAUUCAGGAACAACCAGAUGCGGUCUUAGAUUCUUAUGAAGUGUCUUCUGAGAGUGAACAAAUUAGCCGCUUUCCAAAAUCUGAAAUGGAAAUUCAGUUUUCACCUUUGCAGCCCAAUAAAAUGGAAAUAAAGCAUCAAGGAAGUCCUUCCACGGUGACUCUUAAGGUGCCCAGGACAAGAAAAAGGAAGAGCUGCACUAUGGAUGAGGACGCCUUGAAAAAUGAAAAUGAAAAGAAUGUAAAAUUGCCAGCUAAUAUGAAUGGGUGGUCUGAUUCAUUAAGGAGACAAGGAAAAAAGACUUCUCCUCCUAACUCCGCUCUCAGGAAGAAUUAUUCCUUAAGGAAUAAACAUGCAUUAAAUAUACAAUCCACAGCAUCCCCAGGUGGAACCCUAUACAAAUUUGGCAAUCUCUUGCAGAAUUCCCCUACAAUCAUACAAACUAAAGCGAAGAAGCUGAUGGCAACAAUGAAAUCUCCCAAAUCUACUGAUGAAGAAACUGUUAAGAAAAAUGAUGACAAACCCAAGAAAGCUAAGCGGAAGCUUCACUCAACCAAUAUUUCUUCUCCCGUUGAAUUUUCUGGGCCUGUAAUCUUUGAGGAUCAAAAGGAAACCGAUCAUGAAAUCAUCAAACGACGGCUCCGAAUGAAAAAAAAAUAGCAAUAUUCUUUUCAUGGAUAAUCCUGUAUAGAAUUGUUUCUUAGAUCUUAUCAAUGCGGUAACUGCUACUUUUCAAAAUUUUGGUGUAGAUUUUGUUUAUAUUGCUGUAAAAAUGAACAAAGGGAAAUUAAAAUAUGUUGA